UCUCGGCUUCCGUUGAGCAACGGGCAAGAUGGCGGCCUCCGAGACGGUUAGGCUACGGCUUCAAUUUGAUUAUCCGCCGCCAGCCACCCCGCACUGCACGGCCUUUUGGCUUCUCGUCGACUUGAACAGAUGCCGAGUGGUCACGGAUCUCAUUAGUCUCAUCCGCCAGCGCUUCGGCUUCAGUUCUGGGGCCAUCCUGGGCCUCUACUUGGAGGGGGGGCUUUUGCCCCCAGCCGAGAGCGCGCGCCUGGUACGGGACAACGACUGCCUCAGAGUUAAAUUAGAAGAGAGAGAAACUGCGGAGAAUACUGUAACAGUCAAGAAUGGUGACGAUAGUCAUUUAUUACCUAGAAAAGCAAAGAAGAGGGCAUUUAAGUUGGAGGAGGGUGAAGAAACCGAAGCAGAUUACAAAAAUUCAAAGAAGCAUUGGAAGAGGCAGGAGAACAGUAACAACGAGAAGACCUUGGACCUAGAGCCUAAAGCUGUCCCAGAUCAGGGUGUGAGGAAAAAAAGCAAGAGGAAGAACAAAGCCGUGUGCAGUGCCGUGGACGGGGAUGACGAAGAAACCAAAAGAAAAUCACCAAAGAGAAAGGAGAGAUGCGAACUUAAAAGGCAGACAAAGAACUCGAGGUCUUCUAAAGCGCAGCCGGCGAAGGACUGGGCCGUGUCGAGCGGUGGUCCUCCGAAAGGCGCACCUGCUAGGAACAGCCUUGCCAAAGCCAGAAGGAAAGGCGGCGCCGGAGUCUGUCCGAAAGACAGCCCCGUUUCCUCCUCAGAGUCCGAGUCUUAUGAGUCCACCAGCGACGGUCUCAGCAAUGUCGUCUUGGAGGUCAGAAAUAAUUCCUCAGAGAAGAUAGCCACUGAGUUAGCAAAGGAAGGGUCCUCGACCAAAAACACGCCUGCAGGCAGAGCGGCCGCCAAAACCGGCCUCUCCUCCGCGGCCGUCAAGAGCAGGGCGACCAGGGCGUCAUCUUCCAGUUCGGACUCCAGCUCGGAGUCCGACGACCAGGGCACGCUGUCGAGGAGCGCCCCGGAGCGCUCUGUGGGGUUCCUGAAGCCCGUAGGCCUCUUUGCAGGAAGAGGCUGUCCGGGCCCGGGGCCGGGCGCGCAGACCCCAAACGCUGCCGCCGGCUGGAAGCUGUCGGACGCGCACGGUGCCAGACAGGCUCCUCCCAGGCCUCCCCCCAACGUGACUCUCCCCACCGGCUUGGGAAGAGGCUGGGGCCGAGGAGAGGACCUUCUUUCUUGGAAGGGAGCUAGGGGUCGGGGUAUGCGGGGCCGAGGCCGAGGCCGAGGGCAAGCCUUGUCCUUUGUGCUAAAUAGAAGCCCUGAGUGUCUGAAGCACCAGCAAUUAAAUGAAGUGGUAACAAACUCCUCUACUAUUAUCCAGAACCCGGUAGAGACACACAAGAAGGACUACAGUUUGUUACCGCUGUUAGCAGCUGCCCCGCAAGUCGGCGAAAAGAUUGCAUUUAAGCUUCUGGAGCUGACGUCCGAUUAUUCUCCCGAUGUCUCUGACUACAAGGAAGGAAAAAUAUUAAGCCACAAUCCAGACACCCAGCAAGUAGAUAUAGAAAUUCUUUCAUCCUUACCUGCCAUGAAAGAACCUGGGAAAUUUGAUUUGGUUUAUCACAACGACAAUGGAACUGAGGUGGUGGAGUACGCUGUGACGCAGGAGAAGAGGAUCACUGUAUUCUGGAGAGAGUUGAUUGAUCCAAGACUGAUUGUUGAAUCUCCGAGCACCGUACCAAGCACAGAGCCCGCUUGAGGAUGACCUCGCCACCUCAUAGUCUAUAAAUGUCUCAUUUGUGAAAGGGACUAUAACCCGAACUUGUUUUUUUAAAAAAAGAUUUGAAAGUUG